UCACAUGAGCAGAGAUAUGUUUACAAACUGAGAAGGAGAGGAGUGCUCGGCACCAUUAUGAGCAGCCAGGGGCUGGAGCAGAAGACUGGUAAAGCAUUAGAGCUGAACAAAACACACAGAGGGUGGACCCUUUCUUCUCAAGGCAAUCUUUUUUUCCAGUUCCUCCUCUCCUGUGUGCUUUUUGGAGGACAGAGAAAGAGAGAGAGAGAGAGAGAGAGAGAGAGAGAGAGAGCAGGGCAGAUGGUGAAGAGGAGACAGAGCCGUCACCAGCACAAUGCCACUCACAGCUUGAAGGAGCUACAUUCACAGCUCCAUUCACACUGAGACUGCACUGAGCCUCAGCUCCUCUCUUGCUUUGGAAAAAAGGGGGUGAUAAGAAUGAGAAGACUGUUCUGAAGGACAAGAAAAGCAGGUGGGCUUCAGAAAGGUGGGACAAGGUGUCACAGGGACAGGAAGAACCUCGUGACAAUGUUUUGGAGGUAGACAAAGCAAAGCAAAUCACUGAUUGACUGGUUCUAUUGGAGCAGCCUGACACCUAGUUUCAUGAACCCUCUCCAGUGGUGUAACGAGACAAUCUCCUGCAUGGCCUGAACUUGUGCACAGACUGGAGAGAGACUUAUUGUCUGUGUGUCACUCUGUGUUCUAUUGUUUGAAGCGAAUGUAUGCUGUUUGGCAGAGUAUGACCCCUGAUGUCAGCCGCCAUUGUUUUCCAUGGUGCUUCCUUCCCAGGAUGUCUGUGUGACUUGGGAUUGCAGAUUUCAGACUGCAAAAUGAGCACCGACACCACAUACCGCCUUCCAUUGAAUGUCUACGUCAUCAUCCUUGGGAUUGGCCUCUUCAUCUUCAUGUUGAGCAUGAUCUUCUGUUGUUACCUGUUCAGCCUGAGACGACAGGGCACACGGGAGCAGUAUGGAUACAAUGAGGUGGUUCUAAAAGGAGCAGGAAAGAAGCUCAGCCUGCUUGGACAGACCUGUGCAGUUUGCCUAGAAGAGUUCAGGAGUAGGGAUGAGCUCGGAGUGUGUCCUUGCUCUCAUGCAUUCCACAAGAAGUGUUUGGUGAAAUGGCUGGAAAUCCGAAGUGUUUGCCCCAUGUGUAACAAACCCAUCUGUAGGCUCCAGCCUGACCCUCCACAGGGGGCCGAGGGGCUGCAGAACCCCCUAGAGGUGUGAGCGAGAGGGCUGGUGUCAGUAAGAGAAACAGGAGACUCUCGCUGUGUGGAGCUCGCUCAGCUUCACUCGAGAACAAUACAAAAAACACACAGUGUCACAUGUAGCCCACUCCCAUAUCCAGCUGACCCUCAUUCUACCACUAAAACAGUCCUCUAAUGCAGCAGCGAGGAGCUUUCACAUUGACACGAUAAUGUUUUGAAGUUCUGACUUAAUGCACUAUGCAUUCAGCCUUAAUAAAAAGCAUCAUAUAGAUGCCCUGGGCUGAGAAAGAGAGAUUUUGGCUAUUGAGACUUGCACAGAACCUGAAUACUUUGUGUAGGCACUGCGCAAUAUAUAUGCACACAAAUGCCAUCGGAAUGGCAGAGGACAUUAUAGUACCACAGACCAGUAAAGGAUGAUUAUAUGACGGAAGCGUCAGAAUGGAGCAUUCUGUGUCCUAUGAAGGCCUAUGAUCUUGGGAUCUCGCCAAAAUGUUUUCAGAUUUGUCAAGUAAAUCAAAUGUAUCAGUGGAUCACAGAGACGUUCCUGGAUUUGAAGAACCUAAACGAUUGUUUAAUGCCUGCCCUCCCAGCACUCCCAGGCCAGGUUUGGGUGAACUGGAGUUUUAGGUAAUCUUUAAGUUAUUUUGAAGUUGUUAUUUUAUAUUGUAAAGACCUCUCAAUAAAGUGUAACAUUUCCUUGAUGGCUUAACAUCUGUA